GAGCGUACAAGUACGUGUCGGAGCUAUGGAAGAAGAAGCAGUCAGACGUCAUGCGCUUUCUGCUGCGCGUGCGCUGCUGGGAGUACCGCCAGCUGCCCUCCAUCAUCCGCGUCUCGCGCCCCACUCGCCCUGACAAGGCUCGCCGCCUCGGAUACAAGGCCAAGCAGGGCUACGUGGUGUACCGCGUGCGCGUGCGCCGUGGCGGCCGCAAGAAGCCCGUCGCCAAGGGUAUCGUGUACGGCAAGCCGAAGAGCCAGGGAGUGACGCAGCUCAAGUUCCAACGCAACAAGCGCGCCGUCGCGGAGGAGCGCGCUGGCCGCCGCCUGGGGGGGCUGCGCGUGCUCAACUCCUACUGGGUCAACCAGCUGUCUUCCAUGCAACGCCCACCGCACGCCACCCUCACCCCACCCUCCAUCCCCUCCUCUCCCCCCUUUUAUCACCCCCUUUCUCCUCCCCCCCCCCCUGCCCCGUCUCCCCCCCCCCCUCCCUCCCCAACGCACAUCCCCCACUUCCCCAACCUUUUCUUCCCUUCCCCACUGUCCGCUUUUUCUCCCCCCACCCCUUCCGCACGCCGCCAGGACUCGGCGUUCAAGUACUUUGAGGUGAUCCUGGUGGACCCGCACCACCAGGCCAUCCGCAACGACGCGCACAUCAACUGGCUGUGCCGCCCCGUCAUGAAGCACCGCGAGCUGCGCGGCCUCACGUCUGCCGGCCGCCACCACCGCGGGCUGCUGCGCAAGGGGCACAAGAGCACCAAGAACCGCCCCUCCGUGCGCGCCUUCUGGAAGCGCAAUACCAUGCUCUCGCUGCGCCGCUACCGGUAG